AUGAGAGGGUCCUUCCGCGGUUCACACGGAAACCAACGCUAAUGACCGAUGUUUGUUUUGCUACAGUUAGCAGUAUGCCUGCUGAACGCAAGCGCUCAGUAAACAUGGACGAGAAAGACGUUUGCUCCUUCGCCAACAAGGAAAAAGAGAAGGACCGAGAUGGCGAGAGGAGACCGGCGUCUGCCCGCGACAAGGCGAAGGACGAGGCCAAAAUGAGCGGUAAAAAGGACGGCGGCAAGGAGGAGAAGAGAAAGCGCCUGGAGGAGGAGAAGAAGAAGAAGGAGGAAAAGGAGCGCAGGAAGAAGGAGGAGGAAAAACAGAAGGCGGAGGAGGAACAGAAGAAGAAGGAGGAGGAGGAGAAGAGACAGCAGGAGGAGGAGGAGAGGAAGCUGCAAGAGGAGGAGGCCAAAAGACAGCGCGAGGAGGAGGCAGCUCUCCUGAAGGAGAAGGAGGAGGGGCAUCAGCUGCACCAGGAGGCCUGGGAGCGCCACCAGUGCAGGAAGGAGCUCCGCAGCAAGAACCAGAACGCCCAAGAGGGUCGGCCCGAAGAGGCCUUCUUCAGCCGACUGGACUCCAGCCUUAAAAAGAACACCGCCUUUGUCAAGAAGCUGCGUACGCUCACCGAACAGCAGCGGGACUCGCUCUCCAACGACUUUGGCUCGCUGAACCUCAGCAAGUACAUCGGCGAGGCCGUGAGCUCCGUCGUGGAGGCCAAGCUGAAGAUCUCUGACGUCGGCUGCGCUGUCCAUCUGUGCUCCCUCUUCCACCAGCGGUACGCCGAGUUUGCUCCGUUGCUCUUACAGGCGUGGAAGAAGCACUUUGAAGCGAGGAAGGAGGAAAAGGCGCCCAACGUGAGCAAGCUGCGCACAGACCUGCGCUUCAUCGCCGAGCUCACCAUCGUCGGCCUCUUCACAGACAAAGAGGGCCUCUCGCUCAUUUACGAGCAGCUGAAGAACAUUAUCGGGACCGACCGGGAGACGCACACUCACGUGUCAGUGGUGAUCAGCUUCUGUAAGCACUGUGGGGACGACAUCGCCGGUCUGGUGCCCCGCAAGGUGAAACUGGCGGCUGAGAAGUUCGGCUUGACCUUCCCUCCGAGCGAGAUAAUCAGCACGGAGAAACAGCAGCCCUUCCAGAACCUCCUCCGGGAGUACUUCACAUCACUCACCAAACACCUGAAGAAGGACCACCGGGAGCUGCAGAACACUGAGAGGCAGAACAGGCGUAUCCUACAUUCCAAAGGGGAGCUGAGUGAAGACAGGCACAAGCAGUAUGAAGAGUUUGCCACUUCCUACCAGAAGCUGCUGGCCAACACUCAGUCCCUGGCUGAUCUGCUCGAUGAAAACAUGCCAGAGCUGCCUCAGGACAAGACUGUGCAGGAGGAGCACGGCCCCGGCAUUGAUAUCUUCACCCCUGGUAAGCCUGGAGAGUACGACCUGGAGGGAGGGAUCUGGGAAGACGAGGACGCUCGUAACUUCUAUGAGAACUUGGUGGACCUGAAGGCCUUCGUCCCCGCCAUCCUCUUCAAGGACAACGAGAAGAGCGGCCAGGGCAAAGACAAGGACGACGCCAAAGAUGGCAGAGAGGGGAGGGACGCUGCCAGCACCACAGAGGAACUGGAGCUGGAGCUCGAGGCUCUUGACAUCGCAGAUGAACCUCUUGAACUGGAGGGAGCGGACGAGGCAGAAAACGAAGAACUGGCCAAAAAACUGCUGGAUGAGCAAGAACAAGAGGAUGAAGAGGCCAACACAGGGUCCCACUUGAAGCUAAUCGUGGACGCCUUCAUUCAGCAGCUCCCCAACUGCGUCAACAGAGACCUCAUAGACAAGGCCGCCAUGGACUUCUGCAUGAACAUGAACACCAAAUCGAACAGGAGGAAGCUUGUUCGAGCCCUUUUCACUGUCCCCAGGCAGAGGUUGGAUCUUCUGCCCUUCUACUCUCGCCUGGUGGCAACUCUUCACCCCUGCAUGUCAGACGUGGCUGAGGACCUGUGCUCCAUGCUGAAGGGAGACUUCAGGUUUCACAUUCGGAAGAAGGACCAGAUCAACAUCGAGACGAAAAAUAAAACCGUCAGAUUCAUCGGGGAGCUGGCCAAGUUCAAGAUGUUCUCAAAGACAGACACGCUCCACUGUCUGAAGAUGCUGCUGUCUGAUUUCACCCAUCACCAUAUCGAGAUGGCCUGCACACUGCUGGAGACCUGCGGCCGCUUCCUCUUCAGAUCCCCCGACUCUCACCUGCGUACCAGCGUCUUGCUGGAGCAAAUGAUGCGUAAAAAGCAGGCCCAGCAUCUGGACGCCCGCUACGUGACGAUGGUGGAGAACGCCUACUACUACUGCAACCCCCCGCCCGUGGAGAAGACAGUGAAGAAGAAGAGGCCGCCGCUGCAGGAGUACAUCCGCAAGCUGCUCUACAAGGACCUGUCCAAGGUCACCACUGAGAAGGUGCUGAGGCAGAUGCGCAAGCUGCCCUGGCAGGACCCCGAGGUCAAGAGCUACCUGAUCUGCUGCAUGGUCAACAUCUGGAACGUCAAGUACAACAGCAUCCACUGCGUGGCCAACCUGCUGGCCGGGCUGGUGGCCUACCAGGAGGACGUGGGCAUCCAUGUGGUGGACGGAGUGCUGGAGGACAUCCGGCUGGGCAUGGAGGUCAACCAGCCCAAGUUCAACCAGCGGCGGAUCAGCAGCGCCAAGUUCCUGGGCGAGCUCUACAACUACCGCAUGGUGGAGUCGGCUGUCAUUUUCCGUACGCUCUUCUCGUUCAUCUCCUUCGGGAUCAAUCAGGACGGCAGCCCCAGCUCGCUGGACCCCCCGGAACACCUGUUCCGCAUCCGCCUGGUGUGCACCUUGCUCGACACCUGCGGCCAGUACUUCGACCGCGGCUCCAGCAAGAGGAAGCUGGACUGUUUCCUCAUCUACUUCCAGCGGUACAUCUGGUGGAAGAAGACCACUGACGUUUGGACCAAGGACCACCCGUUCCCCAUCGACAUCGAUUACAUGAUCAGCGACACCCUGGAGCUGCUACGGCCCAAGAUGAGGCUCAGCUGCUCCCUGGAGGAGGCCACGAAGCAGGUCACCGACCUGGAGAGGGAGGUGCUCGUCAAACUGGGUCUGGCCAUGGAGAAGGACGGCCGCUCCAGCGCCAUGAGCGAAGGCGAAGGCCUCGACGAGGAAGAUGACGACGGCGACGACGACGAGGAGGGAGGCGCCGAGACCGAGGAGCAGUCGGGCAACGAGAGUGAAAUGAACGAACAGGAAGAGGAUGAAGGGUCUGAGAACGAAGAAGAGGAGAGGGAGGAAGAGGAAGAGGAGAAUACCGACUAUCUGACCGACUCCAACAAAGAAAACGAGACGGACGAGGAGAACAAUGAGGUCACCAUCCGCGGCGGUGGACUGAAGCACGUGGCCUGUGCAGAGGACGAGGACUUCAUUCAGGCUCUGGAUAAGAUGAUGUUGGAGAACCUGCAGCAGCGUAGCGGCGAGACGGUGAAGGUGCACCAGCUGGACGUGGCCAUCCCGCUGCAGCUGAAGAGUCAGCUGAAGAAGGGAGGCUCGGGACAGUCGUGCAUCGGGGAGGGAGACACCGACAUCUCCGACACCAUGCAGUUCGUCAUGCUGACGCGCAAGGGCAACAAGCAGCAGUACAAGAUCCUGAACGUGCCGCUGUCGUCCCACCUGGCGGCGAACCACUUCAACCAGCAGCAGGCCGAACAGGAGGAGCGCAUGCGGAUGAAGAAACUCACGCUGGACAUCAACGAGAGGCAGGAGCAGGAGGACUACCAGGAGAUGAUGCAGUCCCUCGCUCAGCGUCCGGCUCCGGCCAACACCAACCGGGAGCGUCGGCCUCGCUACCAGCACCCGAAAGGCGCUCCCAACGCCGACCUCAUCUUCAAGACCGGAGGAAGGAGACGCUGAUUGGAGUCUGGGCCCAGGCUGAACGAGCGAGCAAGAGAGCGAGCGAGCGAGCAAGAGAGCGAAUGAACAAGCAAGAGAGUGAGAGAGCGAGAAAGAAGAAGAUCGGAAGGGCGAAAACCGGUCUAAACAGGGAACGAGUCCUCCAGACGCCCACUGAUGCCGGGACAGACCAAAACCCCCCCUGACCUGAACACACACUCUUACCCCACUGAGGGGGCCCCGAAGCCCGAGGAGGAGAGGCAAAACCGGGAGCUGGGGGUCAGGGGUCACGGGGGGUCGGAGAGAUGGCUCUCUUUCUUUUUUGUCUGUUGCCUGAGAUGACAAAAAUCAAAAACACAAACACUGUCUGGAUUCAGAGAACGAACUACACAGAACACCUAACCGGCCCGACUGACGGCGAGAACAGAGAGGAAGGCGGGAAGGACGCAUCGCCUCCCGCUGACGGGGGGGAAACCCUGCGAGUGGACAACAUUUACUUGAGACUAGCAAAAGCAAAAUGGGGGCGGCAGGGGGGGUACGGAUACUUUUGUUUUGGGGAACCGGGAACACGUCCGUUCGGGCUCCGAAAACCGCUGUCGAGGCGGCGCUGAGAUGGAGACGAAGGGCGGGGGGACGGCGGGAGGUUCUAACACUUGUUCGUAAAACUGUUGCGAUGCGGAGGAAACACGCGGAGGAAUUACGAGGUUGGAAAAGUGUCUGACUGUGUGGCUGCUGUUGUUCUGGAGGCGUGUGUUGACUCAGAGUGGACUUUCUUUCUGGUUUGUGGUUCGUUGAGACGGUAUGUUUCGCUGUCGUCGACCACCUCUCGACGCCAUAUGACAGUCGGAUGACGGUUUAUCUUACAAGGUUUGUAAUUUAAUAAGAAUUUUCCAAGAAAGAAAGAAUCUGUAAUUUGGAGCCAAUUAUAGAGAAAAUAGAUGAUUUUAUAGAGACGGUUAUUUGAGUUUUAAAGAAAAAUGCCAAAACUUUGAUACUUCUCCAAUGUGAUGGAAUAUAUUAUCUUUUAUAUUAUAAGUUGAAUCUCUUUUAGGUUUUUGACUGCUGGUCUGACAAAACAAGCAAUGUAAAGACGUCACCUUGAGUUCUUCGAUAUCUUGAUGGGCAUUUUUGUCUUUUUGAUCAAACGAUUCUUAGAGAAAGUAAUUAGUAAUGAAACUAAUCGUUAGUUUAUCGAGCUGUUCCUUGAACACUGUCUCCAUUUUCCUUAUAAUUAUCACCAAAUAACACGAUCUUUUCCAGGAACUUUCCUGUAAAUAAAUAAAAAAACAAUGAUAGGAAACCAAAGCUGUGUUUCCGUCGAGUAUCGCGUCUGAAAAGUUUGAUGGAAACGGCAAACUUUGGCGGUUAAUUUGUCAACGGGAGGCAGAAACACUGCGAAUAAGUUGUGACGUAGUGAACGUUUAAUACAGGAAACAAACAGAAAUGUUAUAUUUCUAAAGUUUCCACUGACGCUCUUUUAAUUACAUCGCCUCUUUCAGACAGGAGAAUUGGUUUGUUUGAUAGAAACGAGCAUUAAUCGGCAUUUUCUUUUGCUUAAUUACUAAAAAUUUGGUUAAAAUGUGGGAUUGAUUUUGAUGGAAACACGUUAGACGAAGCGUUUACCGGUUUAAUAUUAAAGGAAUGGUUAUACACUUAUUUGCUAUGUGGCGCUCUCAUGUACGGUGAAUAUAAGACUAUAGCCAGGAGCCAGCUUAGCUUAGCUUAGCACAAAGACUGUAAACGGUAGGAAACAGCUAGCGUUGCUCUGUUUUGAAGAUAACAAAAUCCACCCAGCAGCUCCUCUAAAGCUCACAGAUUAGACGCUUUAUAUCCUGUUUGUUUAAUACGAACAAAAAGUGUAAUGUUAAUUAUUGAGCUUUAGAGGUGCUACUAGGUGCGUUUUUUAAAGAGCCAUGCUAGCGGUUUCCCCCUGUUUCCAGUGUUUAUGCUAAGCUAAGCUAACAGAAUGGAUAUAUACCGUUUUAUAAGCCGAGCAACAAAGGGAACAAACGGUGAAAUACCAGCCUGAAUCAGCACACACCACCAGAACAAGAGUCUCAUACCAUCGGGACACUUUUUAAGGCAUUCAGACUCCGGGGAAGAUCUGUAUUCGGGGACGGCGUCACGUGACCCCGAUCCCUGAUGGAUACCUGAGUGUACAUAUUCUUUCACUUCCUCCAACUUCCUGUUGGUGUGUUGUUGUUGUUGUUGUUGGUUUUUUUUCGUUGGUUUUUCAGAAUCAGACGUUUAGUUUUGACGAUAUUCAGCUUGCUUUGAUUUGUGAAGUGUAACUGUUUUUUAAUUUUAUUUAGACAAAUGGAUAACCCGUGUGCCUGAGAGUCUUCCUUUUGACAGUGAUAUUUUAGAUUCAUUUGAUCUGUUAUCUGUAGAUGGAUAAAUAUACUCUGUAUUCUGCUGCAUGGGACCUUUUGGUGGCUCUAACUGAGUUUGUCUGUGUCUAGAUUCACAAACUGUUGUUCUUUUCCUGCAAGCUAAAAAGAAGAAAGAAAAAAAACCUCCAAAGCUUACGUAGCUUUUGUGUCUCGGCUCUUGAUGAUCACAAUAAAUGUAUGGAGAUUA